GCUGCCAGAUCACACGAAAAUGUACAAAACAAAGCAUAGACUGCUCAACACUGGUUGCGAGCAGCUAUAUAUCUAUCGCUUAUCGGCCGCCAACAGCUGAGCAGUUGACGAAAACGCGAGGGGCCGCCUGCUUAUAAAACACCAUGUCUUUUAGUAAUUUAUUAAUGAAAACCGGCGUAAAUGGCGGUUUAUGCGGCACACAAACCACAGCGCUGCUGCUACUCAAUAUGAGCACGCGUCAGGGGCACACGCUGCGCGGCAAGCCGCCCGGUGUGGCACGAACGCUGGAGCAACGGCUGCGAGAUGAAAACGUCAGCGAUCCGGAGGUGGUGGCACGCAUCAACAUUGGGUUUCCGCAGCUGAAGCCAUCGCGAUCGGCACAGUUAAAAACGCGUCUGGAGCAUCUAAAGGCACAGCGUGCCAGCAAGGAGUUGGAGCAGCUGGCGCGCAGCAACAAAUUGCUGAUCGAUUUGGAUAAGGUGCAGGAAGCCUAUGUGCAGACAACGGGCCAACAUGAUCUGCGCCUACUGGCCGAUCACUAUGGCAUCUUCGAGCAUCUGUUUGGCAGCGCCUACUUUGUACCGCGCGUGCCGCUGAGCAUACGCUAUGAGCUCAAUGCCAACACCUUUAGUCCCGUCUACAAUGGCAAUGUGCUUAAACCCGCAGAGGUGGUUAAAUCGCCUUUGGUCAUCUUCAACGGUCAGCUGGAUCCCGUAACGGCCAAAUCGGCGCAGGGUGACAGCUACUGGACCCUGCUGGCCACAAAUCCCGAUGCACACUACACCAAUCCUGGGGCCGAGUGCCUGCACUGGUUUAUUGGGAACAUACCAAAUGGCAAGGUCGGCGAGGGCGAUGUUCUGGCCGACUAUCUGCCGCCCUUUCCACCCAGGGGCGUGGGCUAUCAGCGCAUGGUCUUUGUGCUGUACAAGCAGCAAUCUCGCCUAGAUUUGAGCGCACACAAACUGGCUGCAACGGACUACAACAAUCUGGAGAAGCGCACCUUUAGCACACUGGACUUUUAUCGCCAGCACCAGGAUGAGCUGACACCGGCGGGACUGGCCUUCUACCAGACCAACUGGGACGAGUCCCUCACACAGUUCUAUCACAAUGUUUUGCAACUUAAGGAACCGGUGUAUGAGUACGACUAUCCGAAGCCAUAUUUAGCGGAUCAGAAAUUCUUCCCGCUCAGGCAGCCAUUCAAUCUGUACAUGGACAAGCAUCGUGAUAGCAAGCAGUUAAACAAGGAAUACCUCCAGCGCAAGCUGUCCCAAACGCAUCCAUUCGAGGGUCCAGAGCAGCCGCUACGCUUCCCCAAUGCCCAUCCCAUACGCGAUGUGCCAUCCUGGCUAAAAACUGAGAUACGCAAACGGCGACUGGGCACCGGACGCGUUCAGGAUUACUAAACCCAACCAAGUCCACCAAAUGCACAGCUGCUCGUUCACAUUUGUUAGUCGCAUAAUUUUUGUUGUUUUUUAUUUUAUUUUGAUUAACAAGUUCAUUUCUUUUGCUGGAAGUACAUGGAAUUGAACGUUGCGCUCCCACAAGUAACAUGCCGAGUGAAUCGUGUUUAUAAAUUACAUAAUAGUUUAAAUAAAUACGUACAUAAAUAGAGGAAAGCUAAA